CGGAAGGACAGAUCGACAAAGAAACAAUUGAUACUAUUUCACAAUGCAACCAAAGAACUACUUGCUCUCUUUGAGGAAGAGAGUAAUCAAAGGGACAGACAAAGAUAAGUCAAGAUUAGCAGCAGCAUUGUAACGGGAAAUUCCACUGACACCAUGCUAUUAUAUAUGUUUGCGAGUCGCGGCAGCAAGGCAGUUCAAAUGUUGAGAGCCCACCUUGAUCAAACAACUCAUCGACAGUUCACGACCACAAUCAGGCCACUCUCCGCAGCCCCCACCAAUUUCGAGUUCAUCAUGGCUCUCAAACAAAUGGAACUCGAAUCCCUCCUGGUCGAGGCCGAGAACCCAAACUUCAGCAAGGGGCAGGACGACAGUACCGUGGCUAUCCUACCCUGUGGGCAUAUAGCGGGGUACAAAUGCCUUAAGCAAUGGUUCGAGGUCCAGCAGUGUUGUCCCUUCUGCCGCCUCCCCAUGAAUUAUCAGCUCUGCAAGCACUCAUCCCGCCUCAUAAGGCCACUAACCAGGGAAAAUCUAUUUGGUACGCCCGAAACACUUCCAGCGGGAGGUCACCUCCCACCCCAGUGCUAUGAGUGCUCCAUUGAGACUGAUGCUAGCGUACAUAAGUAUCUUCUUGGGGCCAUGCUUGCGCAGUUCAAGAGCCUGAGGACUGAAUACAACAAGGAGACCCACGAGGGCAAGAAAAUUGACCUCAAGUCUCAGCUCGGUACUAUUAAGAAAAGAAUAGACCAGGCUGUUGGCGAGUUGGCUGCCUAUCCGGCCCGCGCUCGCGCAAGGUGGUGA